CCUAUGAAAGGUGAAGAUAACGAACAGUGAGCAAUCUCAUAACUCCUAUAAGCAAUACAAUAUAGAGAGGUGGGCAAACACGGACCCCUGGAUAUACUAGAGGUGGGAUCGGGUGCCUAGGAAGGAGUAAGCAUCCCAUCUCGACCGGUUACACCUUCCGUGAGCCCUACAUCUUGAUCAGGAAAACAGCCUUCAUUUUCUAAUCAUGUUUGAUGAGGCGAGCAUUUACAACUUAAUUCCCACAGAGGAGGAAAAGAAAAUCAAACAGCCAAGAUACAACUCCAAGUUUCGGGAUAAUGUAAAACAAGAGUAUGUAUCGGGUCGAGGGGACCACAAGACCAUGGGUCAGGCAAAGGUGCCUGUCCCGACCACAGAUGGUUUUCUCAAGAAGCGUGCCAAGGACAUCAUAUUACCAAGAGAUCUACCCCCAGAUGAACAGUUCAAGUACCCAGAUGAGGCCAGGAGGAGACCUCAAGUUCCCAAGAGAGAGGACCAACCCCUUAUGGGUCUGAAAUCCUCCAAAAAUUUCAUCACAACUAAUGCAGUUCAGAACAUAACGUCUGUUCCUAAACAACCAGAGAAAAUCUAUGUUGAUACGAGAGGUGGUCACAAAAAUAUGCUGGUACCAUCGGGCUUAGAACCUCUUUAUACCAACAAGAAGGACUUUGGAGAGACACCAAAAUACUUGACCAAGAGGAAGGAAGAAAUGCAGAAAGCACAAGAGGAAUAUGAUGCAUACGUAGCAGAGCAUUUCCGUCGUGGAGCGAUGAAAUCACUAUCACCCGAGGAGAGGGCAGCUAUUCUCAAGGGACUUAAACAGAACUGGGAAGAAAUUCACGAUCAGUAUCAGGGUUUAUCUGUGGUUCCUGACACAGCACCAAAAAAGAACAGAAAAGAACGAAUGGAGGCCGAGAUGAAACAACUAGAAAGAGACAUUGAAACAGUUGAAAAGCAUAAGAUUAUCUACAUAUCACAUUAGAAUAUAAUUUUAUCACCGUUUUAGCUCUUUUUACCUUAUGAGUAUAAUGUUAUAUUUUGAUGGAGUAUGUCUUCAUUUUUACAGACCAUGAACACUAUAUAUAUAGGUCAAUGUUCCACCAAAUACCAGUAAAGUUAUUGGACUUUACAUAUUUAAUGAAGAAAAUAUACAUAAGGAUUAUCAGCACUUCAGUGAAUCUAGUGAACUGAAUUAUGGUGAACAAUGAAACUAUACUUAUCAAAAUCUUUGUACAUAGAUAUUUAAUACAAAAUGCUUGUCAUAAUUCUUUUCUAAAGAUGCAUGUUCUCGUAUUAUUUUGUCUGGAGCAUGAAAGAACAAGUCAUUGUUUAUGUUGAAUGAACUGGAUAUAAAAAUAAAAAAAUUCAAAGCUC